UCCCGGUUGCACAAUUGCUCGGUUGCAGUUCGCCCUUUUUGCUUGUUUCGGACGUCUCGCAGAACGCCUUCCGCCAUCGGAAUCAGAAUCAGAAUCAGAAUCAGCCGGGCAGCAAACUGCCGCUUCUCGCGUAAUUUGCCCGCCAUUUUGCACCAUCGCGCGUUUCCGGUUGGCGACCCCACUUCCGGUGACCGUUUUCGCGCCCGUUUUUUACCCAGCCAUUGUCCUGCAGGCGAGCCGAAAAAACAAACGCAGGCUACGGCCGGGUUUUAAGGAUCCGAUGCCGUAAUUCAAACGACCGGCAAUUGUGCGUGAGUGAUCGGGCAGGCUCUACACCGAGAGAAAAUUAAAUAAACAAGCUUCGAUCUAGCUUGUCCUGCGGUCGAGUCCCCAACAAGUGGGCGGCAUUGGGAUUAUGUCUUUGCGGGCACGGGGCAGUCGGCCAAUCCCCGGCAAAUGAAGUGCCGCAGCAUUUGAUUAUAGAGCGACUCCUGAACCGCCCAAGUCGCGUGUGAGUGUGCGCGAGUGUUUGCAUGUCUUGAGAGUUCCGAGCAGGAAGACCGGGCUCACCUAUUGAUUACGGCUCACAAUAGUACUCCGCUCCGUUGCCGCUGCUAUGAAGGCAACCUCCAGCAGCAGCUGCAGCAGUGCCGCCAGCAGCUGCAACCAACCGGAGCCGCUGGCGACUGGGAUUGCGUCCAGUGGUCAGUCAGUCAGUGGAGGCAGUGGAGCCAGUGCAGCCAGUGGGGCCAGCACAUCGACGAAGCCGCACCGCCUCAACAAGGUGUCCUUCGCACCGCUGGACCUUCCGUUUCCCAGCGUAGCCACGUGAUACGCGAAUGCUAAUGCGAGUGCCGGCACCACCAUGCCGCACCACAACAUCGUCUGCGAGUGGCUGCGCACCAUCGGACUGGCCCACUACGGCGAGAGCUUCCUGGAGAACGGCUACGAUGAGCUGGAGAUCUGCAAGCAGAUCGGGGAGAUCGACCUGGACGCCAUCGGGGUGGACAAUCCCUCGCACCGGGGCAAGCUGCUGAAGAGUGUGCGCAUGCUGCGGGAGAAGGGCGCCGCCAUUGUCUAUGUCCUGAUCAACGAUCCCAAGGCCCUGAGCAGCAGCAACGAGAUCCUGGCCUCCGACUGUGAUACGCCGGUGACCAUGAAGGAGCUGGAGGCGGUCAUGAAGCGCCACCUCGAGGCGGACGGCAUCCGGCUCACCGCCCAUCCGUACUCCACGCCGGAGGGCAAACGGGGCUACCUGGAGGGCCUGGCCGCCCACUACAGCAAGCAGAUCAACAUGCCCUACGACGACGUGCUGGACGCCAUCGAGCAGGUGCGCCUGUCCAAGUGGAAGGAGCGCCACGUGCGCAUCUCCACGGGGCACACCCUGACCCGCCGGAUGGCCGGGCCCAGCUGCAGCGGAACGGGCCUGGUCAGCUCCUCGGUGAUGCCCACCAGCCACAGCCAGCCGCUCUAUGUGCCCGGCAAGUACUUGCCCUCCAGCUGCCUGUCGAAUCGCGAGGAGAACGAGAUCUACAGCUAUACGCAGAAUGACUUGGCCAAUCGCAUGGCCCGGAAUGCCAUCGACUCCAAGUCGGCCCUGAAUCUGAACGGGAUGCAGCACAGCUAUCCCGGAGCACGGACCAAUUUCUUUUACGACUUUUCGGCAACAGAGGGUCGCAACAAGCACAAGCAGAGGAGAACGGUCUUCGCCCGCUUUUUGCAGGGCCUUCGGCAGAGUGGAGACGAGCUGAACGCCACGGAGGGAAUGCAGUUGAAGACCAACGAACGUCUGAGAAACUGCAGCACGAUGAAGCGACCCGAGCCUCAUCAGGACUUUGAAAAGACGAUACAGAGACUAAAGACACAGAAGGCGGCCCAGAAGAAGCCGGCCAGCGCCCCCCUGGAAAUGGCCAUUCACGAGCGGAACAAGGAGGUGGCCCACACCCAUGUGAACGAGAUACCGCUCAAUAAUUAUACGAAGCAUCCCUAGGAUUCGGCCCUCAGCAGCGCAGCUGCUUAAGGCUUACAUCCAGGAUAACCGGCAAUCACAAACACAAACAAAAACACACACUCACUUAUAUAAAUUGUUGAAUCAAUCAUUGUUCUCAAUCAGGUGAUACACAAUCUUAAGAAAGACAGGAUCAUAAUCUAAAGGAUGAGGCUAAAUAGAAUGAAAAUAUAGCAGGCCAACGAAGCAAUAUCAGUGCACUCAUAACUUACAAAUAGGAAGAGAAAUAGCCAUAGGAAAUAUAUCUGCAAGUGUUGAGUUAAACUUACCCAUAGGACUAAUUGACGGACCCAACCUGAUCACUACCCGCACUACCCACUGUAUAGUCACCUGACCAUUAAUGAACAGUAAGCCUAGUCUAAGCAGCACUUCACCACCCCUUUCAGCCAUCACUACUGUAUACUGCACAGAGAAAAAAAUCUAGAUCAGACAAAGGAAAAACUAUUAAUUCAUAUUGAUGUCCCCUUUUCAAGUUUUAAAUUGUAAAUUAAUUACGACGAAUUUCUUUAAGAUAAUCGAAGAGGAGAAAGAAAUUUAGAGGGUUUUUGAAUCCAGUUAGAGGUGUCUAAAAGUAUGCAACAAUUUAUCAUAAUUUGAUGGAUCUCUUUUAUAAGGCGACAGUCUUUUUUUACUGCAUACCUAUAGACACGUAUUGUUUAGAUUGAAUGCUUAAAUGCACUGAAGCAGAGAUUCAAAAGCAAUAACCCUUAAACCAUCCUUAGAUUUAAAUGACAAUCGAAACCUAACAGAACUACUCCAACUUUUGAGAUUAUUUUUCUCUGUGUGCGUACUCCCACCCAACCAGAAUCAAUCUCGAAAUGCUCUUGCCCCGAAGUCUAUCGGCAAUUAUUUGAACACCCCGAGAAAGCCGCCGCAGCAGCAGUCUGCGAAUGCAUCGACAACUGGCCGGGGGAAUGUUGACAAAACGCAAAAAUCCAACAAGCUUAACGCUAAAUCAACACGCACACUCGCACACUCGCACACCGGCACACACACACACACACACGCACAGAUGCCGACUGGCAAACUUGUCCUAACCGCAGACGUUGCACAGACACACGGACACACACACAGAGGGACGGACGGAUACGGAUGCGGAUGCGGAUUCGGCUCUGGCAUUUCCGUUUCAACUUGGCACUGCAUCGAUUUUGGUCUUUGGUUUUUCGAGCUGCAGCUGCAGGCUCAUUGGAAGGGGUCGAAACGGGCAGAAACGAAGCGAAACCAACCUGAAGCCGAAAUGGUCGAAAUGGCCGCUCUGCCAUUUGCCUUUUUUGCAUUUUAAUUGCAUGUUGCGCCCGAAAGUAUGCAACUUGUCCAGCUCGAGUCUGUACGUGUGCGAUUGUCUCUCUUUCUUGCCAUGUGUGUGUGUGUUGGUAGAGCACUAUAGUGAUGGGAGGUCCUUAUAGCACAUAGCACUUAUUAUCUAUCCUCUUUUGCUUAACAGAGUACCAGAAAUCUAGUAAUAAAUAAUUUAAAGUAACAUUUCUUUUAUUGUCCUAAUAUACCCAAAGAAAAAAUACAGGAAAUACUUUAAAUUAAAGAAAUAGUAAUCUAUAAUAUGAGCCUAUCAUAUUUAUUCGUUUCAAGAAAAAUUACCUUGAAUGUUCUUUAAGUGGAGAAAGGAAAUACAUGAACUUAACUCCAUUUGUAGAACAUUUUUUCCUGAAGUACCUAUAUAUGGUGAGCUCAUCUUAUAGGUCCUGAUUCCCAGUAUUUUUCUUUACUAAUAAAAAAGUUUUAAGUCUAUUCUUUUUGAUGUAGUCUACCUUUAAGUUGAAUUAUACUGAAUUUAAAAUCUACCUUUCUCAUUUUAUAAUUUAAAUUCAAGCUUUUUUAAUAGCUAAGUUAACUAGCUUAAGUACCUUGACAUAUUGUUUUUUAACAUAACACUUACCUUUUUGAGGUACACCAGGAUAGUCCUUUUCCCAUCACUAUUAUGUGACAGAGAAUGCGAUUUGCAUUUUUGAGCCAGGCAAAGGCAUUUGAAAUUCGUUUUUAAUUUUGUUUGCUCUCUGGCCGAAAGGCAUCAAAAUGGUCGAUGGCCAUUUGCUCGCGGUUGUCUUUGUUAUACCAACCCACCACCCCCACCUGCAUUCCAAUUCCAAUUGCCAUCCCAAAACCCACUUGCCACACCCCCAAAAAGCCAGGGAGACAUCCGGGAAAGUUCUGGCCAUUUCGGUGCUGCAGCUGCGUUUAUUAUUAAAUGUCUGCGGCGCCGCGUUGAGCUGCCAGAAAAUUGAAACAUUUAGCGGCUACGUGAGUGCGUUUGCCAAGGGAUCUGCGGCCAUUCGGAGGCCCGUUUCCGGUUCCGCCUGUCGCCGAAAGUGCAAUUAGCUUAAGCACUUGCCCCAGCCAGCAGACAAAGUACCCAAAGUUUUCCGGCAUUCCAGCCAUGGCGGCCAUUUAAUAUUUCAUUUUUAUUCGAUUUCCUUCUCGCGUGCAAUUAACCCUGUUAGGCCUCGAUGAUCAUUUUAUUUAAAUUAAAUUAAAUGCAGCAAGUACAGCCAACCAGCAACCAGCAACCAGCAAUAGUGAAAAUAGUAUAGACAAACAAACAAACAAAAUGCAAACAGUGAAAAAAGGUGAAAUUAAAUAUAGGCAAAGUGAAAACAAAGCAACAAACUCUGAGCGGGCAGUCGAGUGUAAAAUUGUGCGCCAGUUUAAUAUACAUAUAAUUGUUUAACUACAAAUACAUAGGCAUACAUAUACAUACAAUACAUAUAGAGUACCCAUACAGCAGCACAGUCAGUUAAAUGGCCAAAAACAAUGAGAGCAAUCGGCUGAAAUUUAUCAGCGACAGCAAUUAAAGCGUAAACUGUAAAAUACAAAGUCAAAUUCAGCCUGGCAUGCUAGCUUUAAUUUGGAUAAAAACAAAUAAUAAAUAAUAAAAAUUGAUUGAGCAAUGCACUCACCAUAAUGAUAAUAGCCAUAGCAUUUACUGCCAAUCAAGCGAGAGGCAUUUCGAUAUUGAUCCCAGCCUGAGCUCUGGGUGUCCAGGACAAUUAAUUUAUGCGUAAGCCCAAUCAUAAUUUAAAUGAGGACCUCUGAAGUGGGCCAUAAAUCAAUGGGCGGACUUAGUGACCCAAUUUCGGGGGAGGGUAAAGGGAUUUCGCUGCCAAAUCAACCAGCUGACAGCUUUUACUUGGCCAACAAAUCACAAUAAACAAAAGAAGAGAGCAGAGGUAUUCCGAUCUCCGGACUUCAGGCUCUCGGCAAUUAGGCUUACAGAUAUUUAUAUUUAUUAAUUUAUUAUGGAUAUUGAUGACCAACGGUCCACAUACAAAUAUACAUCAGCAAGUAUACAUAUAUAGCUACAUUUAGCCACAUACGAAUAUUUACACUGGUCGGCAUAUGUAUUUUGACAAAACAAAAGUUAAGUAUACUCAUAACUUGAAUUUACUUCUUGUAAA